AUGGCAGGCAUUUUGAAGAACGAAGCUAACUCUAAGUCCAGCACCGGCUUAGAGGUAAGUGAGAUCCCCGAUUCUGAGACAGGUGAAGUAUUCAAAAUAAAAGAAUCUGACCACGAUGUUGUCUUGGAGAAGAAUUUUGAUAUCUGGGGUGUUGUUGGAAUUGUUUACGGUUCAAUCGGAACCCCUCUUACUCUGGGAACAUAUCUUUCCACCGUCAUAGGUGUUGGAGGAGCUCCGUUCUUCUUCUAUGCGUACUUGUUUGCGGGCGUUUUCUGCUUGAUUACUGCCUACUCCAUGUCGGAGAUGGCUUCAGUUCAUCCGCACUCCUCUGCUCUGGUUUACUGGAGUUAUCUAUACUAUCCUCAAAAGUAUAAUAGAGGUCUUGCUUAUCUCAGUGGUAUACUGUCAUGUGCUUGUUGGAUCUUUGGAGUCACUGCUACUGGUUUUUUUAAUGCUGACCUUGUUUUGGGGUUGGUUUUUAUGCAUCAUCCUGACUAUGUGAGCCAUACCUAUCACUACUACUUGCUUUUCUUGGCCAGUAUUUUGAUGGCGACAGUAGUCAACAUAUUCGGCACGAGACUCUUGCCUCUGGUGGCCCGUUUAACGAACUAUGUCUUCAACCUCGGAACACUUUUCACGCUUGUUGCUCUAUUGGCAAGAGCCCACCCAAAGCAAACAGCCGCCUUCGCUUUCAAAGAAAUCACCAACGAGACAGGCUGGAGUUCAAACGGUGUCGUGUUUUUCCUGAGUAUCUUGCCCACCGUUGCUUCGGUCUCACUUUUCGACGGUGCAUGUCAUAUGACAGAUGAGAUUCCAAACCCAAAGAAAAACAUUCCCACUGUGAUUACGUAUGGUUACACAGGUGCCUAUCUCAUGGGAUUGAUUGCAGUAAUUGUUUACAACUUCUGCAUCGUGAAUCCAGACAAUCUGCUUGACCCUGUCGGUGGUAUUCCCCUUUUCCAGCUCUAUGUGGAUUCACUGCACAAUGAAGGACUAUCCACUGUGUCUGCGUUGAUAGUUAUCGUGGGUUUCUUUUGCGGAAUUAUUAGUGUUCUCACCUCUGCCAGUCGUCUCGUCAUGGCUUUUGCAGCUUUCAAUAGUGUUCCUUUCGGGAAACAAAUCGCGACAGUGAAUGCAAAACUGAAUGCACCCGUGUGGGCGGUCCUGUUCUGUUCAGGAUUGGCUACUCUCAUUGGUCUUCUCAUCUUUGCAUCAAACACGGCAUUGAAUGCCGUUUCGGGGAGUUACGUAACCACCAUGUAUGUUGCCUAUCUGAUUCCCUUCCUUGGCUUGGUCUUCAAACAAGACAGAUACGGCAAAGGAGUGGUACCUUUAUUCAACCUAGGCAGAUGGGGUAAGCCAAUGAACAUCAUCUGUAUUGUUUGGUUUUUGUUUGCGUCUGCCUGGUUGUGUGUUCCAUCCUAUCAGCCAGUCACUGCUACUACUAUGAACUACACUAUUGCUGUUUUGGGUGCUACUGCCUUUGUUGCUAUUGUCAACUGGUUAUUCUACGCUCGGAAGCACUUUUCUGUCGAUGUUUUUGAAGAGCUUGAGGUAGAAGCAGAAAGUGUGGAGGAACCUAAGGAGACCCUAAAGAUUUAA